CAGUGGUCAUGGUGAAGGUUUCUGAAGAAUAAAUACGGGGAAGACAGACUUUAAUACAAACACAUCUACGAUGAUAAAUAUCCCAAAAACUAGAAACUAAAUGAAAUAAAUUUAGUUAAAGUGUCUAAUUAGCAUUAAUAAUCCCCUGGUGUCGUUCAGCACUUCUUCUCCUGAGAAGGACACACCUCCUGCACCCUGAAGACGUGAUGUUUGUUCUCAGACCAGGUCGGGUCACUUGGUAUCACAUCUUCACUCGAAGCAGAUCAUGUCCCGAGCGGAGGCGUUCGUGGACACCAACCUUCGCUCCCUGCUGAGGGAGCUUCGCACCGACAUCGCAAUGGCUGUGGACGACCCUUUCCCUAUUGUGUACGGCCUGGCAGACAAAAACAUCAUCCCUGACCAGCUGCUGAAGGACACACUGGAGAAGGAGGGAAGUGAAGGGAUUCACAAAGCCAUGUACGCCCUCCUGUCCUGGGUGUUAGAGCAGAGCAGAUCCACUCUCCAGGCUUUUUGGAACAACUUAUCCAAAGGGUACAACAUGGACAGCUACCCCCAGCUGCAGACACUCCUCACUAACCUUCAGGCCAGACGAGAGGCUGUAGGUUCCAAAGCAGACAGUGGAUCUUCAGGAGGUCUGAAAACUGCUCAAAGUAAGAAGAGGAACCGUGAGGACAGGGGAGCCAACUCCAAGAAUUUGGAAUAUCGCACGAAGACAAACGAUGGAGCAGGGAAUAAAUUCAAGCUAUACAGAGUGAAGAGUCAAGCUCUGCAGCUUCCAAAUGGAAACGGUUUGCAGGCGGCAUCUUCCUCAGCCCAGAGAGGAAUAUCACUUCCCUCCUCAUCCUCAAGCUUCUCUACUGAUCCACUGGUCAGAAGUGAAAAAAAAGAGAAGAUACUCGUAAAAAAGGAGUACAGCUUGGAUGAGAUGAACAAAAAGUGCAUCAAACUGGCAGAGAGGUUUUACUCUCAGGGUUUAGCUGAGGAGACAAACGGGGAGAAGCCCAAGCCUGCAAMGAGCACAUUUCACCACCAGGGGGAGCCCACCACAACCAUGUCUCACUGUAAUGAUGACGAGUGUGCGGUGUGUAAAGAUGGAGGAGAGCUGAUUUGUUGUGAUGGAUGUCCUCGAGCCUUUCACCUGUCCUGCCUCAGCCCUCCGCUCUGCUCCAUUCCCAGUGGUUCUUGGCAGUGUGAGUGGUGCAGGGGGCACAGGGUGAAAAGAGAGAGCGUCCUACUUCCCUUACAGACUUUCCCAGCUCAGCCUCAGCAAACAAACACAAAAUCCAGUAUCUCAGUGAYAGACAGCUCAUUAUACUCCACCCUAACAUCCUCCGUCACAAGCGUUUCAGCCUCGGUCAAUGUAUCAAGUGGUAGAAAUCAGCUGGGUUCCCAGUGUUCAGGAGGAGAGCUGGCCGGUGUGAGGGAAGUGUGUGGCGUUUGUCACCUCAGCGGAAGAGACCUGGCUCUCUGUCAUCAGUGUUUAAAGUGUUUCCACACACACUGCCACUUCUCCAAGGGGAGGUCCAUCUGCUGCUCCUGCUCCCGGCUGUGGGGCAGCUCUGCAGAGGAGUCUGAGCCCAGAGGUCUGCAGCUCGCACCAGCAGCCCAGAAUACACUCAAAGAUCAGCUCGCCUCCACCACCGAGCCGGCCGUCAAUAAAGAUGAACUGGACUCCAUCCUGGGAGACAGCUCCAUUGACGGCCUGUUGCAGUGGGCCUUUCACAACAUCGCUCGGCCUCUUCCAGACUCGCAGGGAUGCUACCAGUAAAAAGUUGCCCAAACAUUGAAAAUUUGCUCAAAUAAUGUUUAAAUGACCUAAAACUGUAGACCCGCCUGAUGUUUACAGCCUCUUUCAUGCUGCAGGGUAAAUAAACGAGCAUUG